AUGACAUUCGAAAUCGAAGCUCAGGGAGCAGGAACUAUCAUCAACGUAGAUGAAUUACAAAACCACGGAAUUAAUGCUGGAGAUAUCACUAAAUUAAAGGCGGCGGGCGUUUGUUCAAUAGCGGUAUGCAUCAAAUAGACAUAAAAAACUAUAACCAGAGAAAUUACUAACAUUAAUAGUCAGUCUUGUCAACAACCCGUAGAAAUAUGUGUAAAAUUAAGGGACUAAGUGAAGUAAAGGUUGAAAAAAUCAAGGAGGCGGCUGGUAAACUUAUGGUAUGUAAAAAAAAGCAGUAUUCUGAAAGCAGACAUACUAACCUAGUGUAGCAUUCUGGAUUUAUACCUGCAACUGUUCAAGCAGAACUUAGGAGUAGGGCAUUUACAUUAAGUACGGGCUCUAA